AUGGCAAGAAGAUUCUCAAAGACAUUCGCUUCAUGUUCUCUAUUGAUGGCUUUUCUGUUUGCUUACUCUGCAUCCGUUCAAUUCAAUGAUCCAGACUGGUACUUGUGGAUUCCUCUCUAUACAUGCGCUUCCAUUGUUAACCUGGUUAACAACACCUUCACUACAUCCAAAACAAUCAGAAGAAUUGCAAAUAUAACCUCUUGGUUUGGAGCUUUCUUGUUUCCAAGGUUUUGAGAGAAGAUUAUUUGUAUGAAUUUGGCUGGGUUUUGGUCCUUUGAUUUGGAGAAUAAAGUGGUUAGAGAGAAAUUGGGAAGUGGGUUGGUUGUGAUCUCCAUGUUUCUGCAACUUGAAGCUUCAUCUCCUCCCAACAAAGACGAUGAUGAUUCAAAGGAACUCGACACCAUCCCAAUAUAUGUUGAAUACGGCGAAAAUUAA